GAAUGUUGACAGUGUCAAAAGUCAAAACGGAAAGUGUCAACAGAGUAGAUAAUUAUUUGUUUUUGUUUUUAGUUUUAUUACAUGUCUUCGAAGAGUAUUUAUAAAGAAUUAUAAUGAAUAUAAGUACAGUAUCGCAAAAUCUUUGUAGAAUUUGUUUGAAGUCAGUCGAAGAUAAUAAACAUGUUAUCAAUUUAUUUGUUGAUGCAGAAGAAUCUAAAGACAUACUCAACACAAUAUACUUGUGUUUUCAAAUGAUUUUAACUGAAGACAAGUAUUUACCAUCUUUAAUAUGUAGUGAUUGCAUAGAAGAGUUAAACGCAGCUAAUAGUUUUCGACAAAAAUGUAUUACAUUCGAGGAGAGAUUUUCAGUGAUAUCUAAACAAUUUGAGUCAAUUUCUCCCGAGUGUGAGAUUAAAAAAAUUAAAGAAGAUGAUUUACAAAACAAAACGUUGUAUAUGGAUACUAACCAAGAAGAUCAUGACACGGAAGAGGUGGAAGUUAUAAAUAAAAAUAAAAAAUAUCUAUGUACAAUAUGCAGUAAGGUGCUAAAAACUGAAAGUUCACUAUUAAAUCACCACAUACAAAUGCAUAAAAAACGAAAACAUCCAGGCAAAGUAACAGGUUUUGGGACAGAUAGGCGGUACCACUGUACAAGAUGUUCCUAUAGCACUCCUCACAGUCAAACCCUGGUAAAUCAUGUGCGCAGACACAAUGGAGAUAGACCUUAUCAUUGUGAAUGUGGGAAAACUUUCACACAAUCCUCAAGUCUCUCUGCACAUCGUAAAACACAUGACAAUACUACAUACUAUACUUGUACUGUAUGUGGAAAACAAUUCAAACAUGCUUUCACUUUGAAAAAACAUGCCCGUGUGCAUGAAAAUGCACAGUUUACCUGUAGUAUAUGCAAAAAGAAACUAAAAUCACAUGAAAGCUUACAGAGCCAUAUGCACCGGCAUUAUAAUAUAAGAAACUUCAAUUGUGAGGAAUGUGGUGAUACAUUUGUAACAUCAUCAGAGCUGCUUAAUCACAGAAAGAAACAUAACUCAGUGAAGAAAGUUGAAUGUCAUCUAUGUGGCUAUAAAACACAUACAAAGAAAAAUUUAAUUGUGCAUUUGAAAAGGCAUGCCGGUGACAAGUCUUACAAAUGUGAUCAGUGCCAUGUCACCUUUUUUUCAAGUGGAGAUGUUCAGAGACAUCAACGUGUUCACACAAGAGAAAAACCCUUUACUUGCCCCAUAUGCGUCCAAAGGUUUACAUACAGUCCUAGCCUUAAUAAACAUAUGCUCACAGUUCAUAACAUUAAGUACAAAUGGGCAGAUUUCAAGUGGAAAGAGUCAAGGAUGUCUUUGAAAACUUCUGUUUAAAUAAAACAAUACUUUGUAUGA